AUGACUCCACCAGCAAGAUAUCACCCAACUAUCCGGCUCAUUGAAUCCGCCCAGCUCACACCCACCGAGCACGACAUUUGGAGAGCUUUUUUGGAUGAGGCCGUUGAUCCAGAAUAUGCUGCUUGCUAUAUCUGGGAAAGGAUUCAUGAUCACCCUGCGUGUUCCCCGGAGCAAGCACUGCAUGAGUUAAAAAUUGACUGGAAGCGACUGGUUACGAAGUUCACCAGACGAAACUCUGUCUCAUCUCAAGCACAAAAACUCGUUGAAGCUCGAGACAAUUCACACUGUCUAAUGCUAGACCAGAGACCAUCGGACCCCAACGUAUCCGUUCGGUUCGAUCAUGUCUGGGUGAUCCCACCGAACCUUUUCGAUGACAGUGACAUGGAUCCGCAGGGUUCUCUUUAUCCUCUUCUGGAGGCAUUUUUGACCCCUGCUAAAACAUCCGAGCUUCAGACCAUUUUGCAGACUAACGUGGUGGAAUAUCAGCUGAAAAAUCUAUUUUUACUCUCUCCUAGCGUUCAUUCGGCUUUUCGAAAUGGUCACAUCCGAAUAUUUCCACCAACUAAUACCCCUGACCAGUGGAAUGAUGAGACCGAGGCCAGAAUCAAAACCGCCAGCGAAGUCUAUUACCUUGUGUGUAGACUGUUCCCCGAGCCUUGUGGUUGGCUUUUUCUUAGCGAUGGCAGCCGCUGGGACUUGGCGGCGCAAAUGUUCAUCAUGGAGAGCCAAGACGCCAAUAAGCCUCUUCCAGAUCCAUUCUUGUUACGAACACAUCACCGCAUCGCAGCUUCCUUGCAUUUAUUCUAUGUCGAAGAACGAAUCGCCGAGGGCUGGCCCUCGCACCCUUCAUUCCACUUGAACAUAAUUACUCAAAAGAUAUUACGCUCACUCUGGCAUCUAGUGCCCCACUGGAUACGUGUCCAGUGUUACAGCGUGCUCUUGAAAUUAGGUAGCCGUCUCUACCCGCGGUGUUUCAGCCCCCGCUUGCACCAGUUGCCGUUCGGACUGUACGCAAAAGAGUGCACUCGCUCUGCUAAUGAAGUAGAGGCACUAAAGCUUGUGGAGCGGUAUACCUCGAUACCCGCACCCCUCUGGGUAGAUGAUUACCAGAGCGCGCGCCACCUUCUUAUCAUGACGGGCAUGCCUGGACAAAUGCUGGAUGUUGUGUUCCAUCGACUCUCAUACUCGGAGCGCGAGCAACUGUCAAAAGACCUGAAGAGUGCCUUAUCGCAACUGCGUUCUAUCCCAAACCAGACCCCGUAUCGCUUUGGAGACACUCGUGGUGGCCCAUUGUUUGAUUACCGUUUUCCCUCCGGCAUAUGUGGUCCGUUUCACCAGAUUUCUGAAUUCAAUUCCUUCCUCGUCCAUAAAGACGUGCUCAAUGCGACAAGGGAAAAGAUUGCGGCCGUCCACGCGCGUCCAUACCGGUCUGUGUUCACCCAUGCGGACCUGAGUCCCAGCAAUAUUCUUAUUGACCGUGGGCACCUGUCUGCAAUUGUGGACUGGGAAUGUGCCGGCUUCUAUCCUGAGUAUUGGGAGUUUACAAAGCUUUUUUAUGGCGCACAGCCACCCCUAGAAAUACAAGCUGUCAUUAGUGAUGCAUUCACUGGAGAUACAUAUGAGGAGGAGCUAGAAGCCGAGAGGCUACUGUGGUGCGACACGCCAUUUGGGGUAUGA